AUGUGGUCUUACCAGCACGUUUAUUGUAGUGUUGGGGGUAGAAUUCGCGGACGCGCGAGGCAGCCUGUUCUCUUCGCAUCGUUUGGCAAUAUUCGAGACCCUACAAGGAGGGGCGCACUUAGUUUUAGCUUUCGACAUCAAAUUACCGCCCCCACGAAAGUGUAUUUCAGAGGUUGGCGUGAGAAGUCUCAUUUGAAUCAUCGUUCUAUGCCGAAUGGCCAAGGCGAAGUGAAUCCUCGUAGCAGUCAACCGCACGGUUUCGAAGGGGGGAUUUUUUCACUACGUAAUUUAUUCCACGGCGGUCGUCGUGGUGGGGGCCGUGAGUCUUAUGGUCCCACAAGUAAUGUAAAAGUGCGUACCGACGACGUUUACUGCACUCGGGGGACUUUGGCAGCUCCACGGUAUACCUUCUGGCAGCAUUUACGCCGAAGUUCACGGAACAAGAUGCCAUUGAACCCUUUGCACAAAAUCAAGAAGUGGGAUGAUAUCGAGAUUCCAAAAGAUCCAACAAAUAGAAGCACCACACGCUUUUUGAUGGCUAUUGAGGAGAUGUUUGGCAAAGCCCAGAAACGUGGCGAAGAGUUCGCCAUUCACCUUUCCGAAGACCAACGGAAUGAAAUUUUGAUGCAGUACAUAUCGACAAAAUGGUGGGGUCGGUUAUACUACCCCUUUCGCAAUAUCACCGAUAAACAGAUCCGAUGGUCUAGUCGAAUUGCACAUGUAUUGAUAGUGGUGUUUUUCUUAUUCACUUUAGUGAUCAUUCUUUUCAUGUACUUUCAGGAAGUACGGAUUGUGGAGUUGCUGUCGCCGGAAGAUCGGCGGGAUUAUAUUCAUAUCAUGAAAGGCAUGCGUAUAAGUGAAGUCCAGAAGCUAAACGAUGAGGUCUUGACCAAGGAGGAUCCACUUAUGGCACUUUCACCCGUGGAUCGUUGUCGUUUGUUUAUUGAGGCUGCGCGUCUGAAAAAUUGGCAUCGCAUCGACUGGGAGGUGGAGUCUCGCAAUCGUUACCCUAACUCGGCUCUGGACGACUUAGAUUAUUAUCACUUGAUAUAUUGGAUGUGCAUGACAGUGGGCAGCGUUUUAACCGGUGGCUCAACAUACUUCACAGAUACGUUUGGUUUGGCAGAGAGGACGAAGAAGCUUGAGGCAGAGUUCGCGUCGGUUGAAUUGGAUCCUAAAGCCUUACCCGAAAGUAACAAACCAGAGUUCUGUAGGUCUAGUCAAGGGUAUUGUAGACGAUGCCGAUAA